CAAUCGUGGCUAUGUUUUUGGCUCCAAGUCAAAAAAAAACAGGGUGUCCAAUUGUUCAUGGACCUUUUAUUUUUACUUCUUUGGGUGGGAGCCUCCUUAACAGGGAAACACUUGUUGAGAGUUCAAAGCUUAACCUUCCUUGUAUGGCCUCUCUGUAUUGUACUUGGCUGAAAAAGUUCCUACUUCGGACGCCAUGUACUCGAGAUUAUUGGACAAGUUCAGGAGUACGAGUGGACUUGGCAAAAAGCUGACUGUGCGGUUUCUAGUCCUACUUGUAGUCACUCGAUUACUUAUAGACUUGCUGUUGCGCUUCAGAGUUUUAGAUGUUGCAGAGGAAAAGCAAAGUAUAGAAGAUCGACUUGAGUGCUGAAAGAUUCGUGACUUUAGACGACUGGCGACUGCCAGGCGUAGUUUCGUUCAGUGAGAUCCCAGUCUUAACUGGUGAAGAGGAGGGAGGGUACGUAACCCAUUCACCCAGGAAAAUUUACUUCCGUAAAUGAAUAAAAGCUUCCGCCUCUUAUAGCAGUUGGUGGCGAGCGCGAGUGAAUAAUUAUUUGCUCGAAGUGGCACAGUCGUCAACCAGUUCAACGAGUGUGUGGCACUGGAGUGCCGGAUGAAAUGGCCAUGUAUACCGAUAAUUCCCUGAAAUCACUCCCUGGCCGUUGCCCAAGGCGACUACUUCCAGUGAUUGUCCUUCUCGUCACACUAACGGCUGUACAGUCUUCACAUUCCGUGGAUUAUGAUCAAGAAUUAGCUUCUGGCCAUGAGCGCCUUCAACAACUUGCACACCGCUAUGAGACAGUACAUGUUGACACGGCUCACCACCUGCACGGAGUUCGGAAACGUCGAGCGACUCAAGGAGACGACACCUAUAGCCACCCACCUUCCACCAACUUUGACAUCCAGGCCUUUGGGCAGACAUUUCGCCUGCAGCUGGAGUUAAACACUAUGCUGUUACCGGUUGGCACACAAGUACGCUACUACAAAGAGAAUGGAGAGCUUGUUGUGGAUCAUGAUGCUGUCAACUGCUAUUACCAGGGUGAGACGGAUGGAUUUAGUCAUGGAGCAAGUCAUGCUGUAAUCAAUACAUGCAAUGGAAUUUCUGGAUCAUUUGGUGUAGGACCAGCUGGUCACUGGACAAUGGAGAGGACCUUUUUCAUUGAACCGCUGACCAAGGAACCCACUCCCAAUGGCACCCACCUUCAUGCAGUUUACAAAGCGGGUGACUCGAAAGAAAAACAUCACUUCGGGAGUUGUGGUGUAUCAACUAACAAAAGCCAAGACCAUGCAUCACCACUAAACCUAGCACAGGGCAUUUUGAAUGUGGACAAGGACACCGUGCACAUUCACCAACGCACUAAACGCCAGGCAUCCUCAUCGGUCACACGCUAUGUGGAGUUACUACUGGUGCUGGACGCAACACUCUUCCGGAGUACAAGAGUAAAUAAGGAUAUGACCGUUGCUACAAACCGUGCUCGUUCUGUUGCCAAUUUUGUCGACUCGAUCUACAGAAAACUGAAUAUUCGUGUGCCACUGGUAGCUGUGGAGGUUUUCAACAGAAGAGAUCUCUUUGCCACGUCAAGCAACUUCAGCAGGACGCUGCACAAUUUCAAAUUGUUUAGGAACAAGAACCUUGUGGGUCGUAUUCACCAUGACAAUGCCCAACUCAUGACUGGACAUAACUUUAUUGGUGAUACCGUUGGCUACGCAUCGGUCAGCGGAAUGUGCUCAACAAGAUCUGUAGGUGUCAACCAAGACACAGCGUCAGCUUUCUCAAUGGUAGCAGGUACAAUGGCACACGAAAUGGGUCACAAUCUUGGAAUGAAACAUGAUAAUCGUGGCUGUGAUUGCACAGCCACAUUUCAGAAAGGUGGUUGUAUAAUGGCUGGAAUGGGCUCUCCUUAUGCUGCACCGCAGACGUGGUCCAGCUGCAGCCGCUCUGAUCUCAGCACAUUUCUAUCACAUGGUGCUGGUCACUGCCUUAGCAACCAGCCAACAACACUAUUUGGUGACCCGGUAUGCGGCAAUGGUUUUGUGGAGGGCACUGAGCAAUGUGAUUGUGGUACAGCAGCACAGUGCACAACAACAUGUUGUAAUCCAGCUACAUGUCGUUUCACCACCGGUUCUCAAUGCAGCGAUGGUCCAUGCUGUCAAAACUGCCAUUAUCGGACUCCGGGUACACUCUGCCGCUCUGCUGUGAACAGCUGUGACGUAGCUGAGACAUGUUCAGGCCGGACACACACUUGUCCCAAUGAUAUCUUUAAGCAGAACGGCCAAACUUGUGACUCGGAUUCAUCAUUUUGCUACGAUGGACAAUGUAACACUCAGGAUGCUCAGUGCAAGGAAAUAUGGGGAACGUCUGGAGUUGUUGCUCAUCAGAGCUGCUAUGAUCUAAACACUAAGGGCACCAACGUAGGCAACUGUGGUUCUACUGGGAAAACACACAAAGGCUGCAAGUUACCUGAUAUUCGUUGUGGUCGCCUUCAAUGCGAAGGAGGAAACAAGCUACCGGAUAUGCAUGGUAUACGUUAUUUCACUCAACCUCUUUAUGUCAUAGAAAAAGGCAGGUGGAAAAUAACCAAUUGCAAAACAAUCACAAUAAUGCAAACUUCGGACGCAGUUGAGCAGUCCAUGUUAGCGGUCGACGGUUCUCCAUGUGGAUCAAGCUCGCUUUGUGUCAGCUCACGUUGCAGAUCGAUAAGUUCACUUGGCAUUACACCAUGUCCAUCAAGUCGUGGCAGGGUGUGUGCAGGAAAUGGUGUGUGCACAACUCUCAACUCAUGCUUGUGUAACCGUGGCUGGACAGGUGCUGACUGCUCACGUGCAACUAGUGGUGCUGUUAAUGGUCGGUGGGGUCCUUGGACAGUGUGGUCAGGCUGCUCCCAAUCCUGUGGUACACGUGGUGUAAGGACACGCACUCGGGACUGUGAUAAUCCUCCGCCAAGUAAUGGUGGUACGGUAUGCCGUGGUGCAACUAGUGACAGGGAAACAUGCAACCGCGUUCAAUGUGCCACACCUGUCAAUGGCAACUGGGCAAAAUGGAGUGCAUGGUCUAGAUGUUCGGCUACAUGCGGAGCUGGAACUCGUUCUCGUCAACGUACAUGCAACAACCCAUCACCAUCCAAUGGUGGAUCACGAUGUCCUGGUACUGGAACCACGAGGGAAAGAUGUGAAACACAAGCUUGUCCCGUGGAUGGUGGGUGGAGUCCUUGGACAGUGCGGACGCAAUGCUCCCAGACCUGUGGCACAGGUGGUGUAAAGACACUAACUCGGACCUGUAACAAUCCUACGCCAAGUAAUGGUGGCAAACCAUGUCAUGGCAUACCUAGCAACCGGCAACCAUGCAACCGUGUUCCAUGUCCCACUGCACCGGCCGUCAAUGGCAACUGGGCAAAAUGGAGUGCAUGGUCUAGAUGUUCGGCUACAUGCGGAGCUGGAACUCGUUCUCGUCAACGUACAUGCAACAACCCAUCACCAUCCAAUGGUGGAUCACGAUGUCCUGGUACUGGAACCACGAGGGAAAGAUGUGAAACACAAGCUUGUCCCGUGGAUGGUGGGUGGAGUCCUUGGACAGUGCGGACGCAAUGCUCCCAGACCUGUGGCACAGGUGGUGUAAAGACACUAACUCGGACCUGUAACAAUCCUACGCCAAGUAAUGGUGGCAAACCAUGUCAUGGCAUACCUAGCAACCGGCAACCAUGCAACCGUGUUCCAUGUCCCACUGCACCGGCCGUCAAUGGCAACUGGUCAGACUGGGCAUUAUCCGAGUGCUCACAUACAUGCGGAGGUGGAACUCAUGUCCUUGAACGCACAUGCAGCAACCCUGAACCAUCCAAUGGCGGCAAGACUUGCAGAACUGAUGGGGUCAGUGUUGAAAGCUGGCAACUACCAUGCAACACCUAUUCUUGCGCCAACUGAGACAGGUUCUGGGUCAGCCUUCUCCGAAUCUUGCCACGGGCGGCUGAAUCGAACUUGUCAUGAGGCAUAGUCAACAGUGUUCUUUGUAGUAUUUCCUGUUCUGUGUGUGUUGCCACCUAUUCCUAGAGACAUCCAACACCCCCAGGUUAUGGGCGGAAAUGGUGAAUGUUUCUUGUCAGUAGAUGGCACAUUACCAGCGUAUCCUGUGUAACUGACUUUUCCCAUCUGUGUAUGUGUGUUACGUAGUCCUGGCUGAGCAAUGACGGUGGCAUUGGAACUGUGGAGUUCAACGGGUCGUAGACCUAGUCCGCGAUAUUCCGUAUUCAAGUUGAAUGAAUGCACUUACCAGGGAUCAAACAGAUCUCAAGCUGAUGUUUGCAAUAUCAGUGAAUGUUCAGAUUAGCAUCCUGUGUGCUACCGACAUGUCAUCACUUCCAGAACUCUUUAUAUUAUCUAUCUGAAUUGGCGAAGUCGUCCGUUUGUUUUUGUUUUCGUGUUAAACUGUUUGUUUUCAGGAAUAUUAUGCUCAAUACAUUAUAAUAGAAAUUGAA